AUGCAAGGCGAGGACACGCGCCUACCCGGACUGCCGCGCUACGUGCGAAUCAACACGCUCAAGCUCGGCGCAAAGGCCGCUGACCGAGCGCUGCUCGAGAGCGGGUACCGGCGCGCCGCCGACGCCGCUGACGCCGGCAAGAGGAGUUACCACUGCGACGAGGACGUGCCGGACCUGCUCGUCUUCAAGCCAAAGGGCAAGUCCGACAUCAGCCGCCUGCCGCUCGUCGCCACGGGUGAGGUGGUCGUGCAGCAGAAGGCGUCCUGCUUCCCGGCCCUCGCGCUCGCGCCUCCGCCCGGCGCCGUUGUGAUCGACGGCUGCGCCGCGCCGGGGAACAAGACGAGCCACCUCGCGAUGCUGAUGGAGAACCGCGGCCGGGUGCUCGCCUUCGACAUGAACGAGCGGCGCUGCGCGCUGCUCCGCGAACGGAUGGCCCUCAAGGGCGCGAGCAUCGUGAGCGCGCGCCACGCCUCGUUCCUGUCCGCCGCGCCGGCCGACCCGGAGUACGCGGGCGUGACGCACGUGCUGCUCGACCCGUCCUGCUCCUCGUCGGGCAUGUCGCUCGACCCGAUCACCGAGCCGGCCGCACUCGCAGAGCUCGCCUCCAACCAGCGCGCCCUGCUGCUGCACGCGAUGGCCUUCCCCGGCGUGACGGCGAUCGUCUACUCGACUUGCUCCGUCAACGAGGCGGAGAACGAGAUGCGCGUCAUCGCCGCGAGUCCUUUUGCUCUCGCCACCGAGCGGUGGACCGAACGCUACUGUUCAUUGAGCCCGUUUGCGCUGGCCCAAACCUUCCCAGCGUCGACCUUUUCGGGAGGGUACGCCGCGCUUCCCGCCGAGGUCGACGUCACGGUGGUCGGUGGCAGGGCGACGUCGACAGUUGCACUCCUCCGCUCGCUCAGUGCGGCCACCGGUGUCACGCUGCGGCUGCUGCACCUUCCCGGCGGCGGCGACCUCGGCCAGUGCCGGGUCGUGGCGCUCGGGUCUCGUCAGGCGCUGCGGGCCUUCGUGCAGCGGGCGCGUGUGGCGGUCCCGGCGAACGAGCUCCUCGUUGCGUGGGCAAAGUCGUAA